CACCAACGUCUGGCUAAUCCUCGUCUUUCGUGCGUUAGUUGUCUUGGGUUGCGACCUGUUGGUCUUCACGGAUUGGUCCCUGUGCAUUGUUGCUUUUAGUAGUAUUUCUAGUUCUUGGUUAUCGAGUACUUCUUGUUGUACUUUCAUUAACCGAGUACGAUGUCUUACCGGAAGGCAGUUCAGCUGGCUUGUGGACUUGCAGGAGGCUCGGUGGCGUUGCUAGCUGCGGCAGCUGUGUCUCAUUCUAGGCGGAAGCCUGCUGGAGAGGAUCGGUCUGGCAGCGGGAUCCCGGUGCUGCAGGCGGCGCAGAGCUGGGCAGGGAAUACUACCUUGGUGCCACCAGCAACUGGUCAGUGGGACAGUAAUUGGGACAAGUGUGGAAAAGGUAAGCUGUGAUCUGCUGCGAGAAGGAGCACCAAUCCAACCUGUCCCUCCCAUUUCUCACUGGAAACCAGAAGCUGUGCAGUACCAUGAAGAUGGGGCUCGAAUUGAAGCAGCUUUUCGACGGUACAUCCACAGAGCUGAAGCAAAGCAAGAAAAAGACAGCUACGAGAUUAUUGUUUGCCAUGCUAAUGUUAUUCGGUAUAUUGUCUGCAGGGCUCUGCAGUUUCCACCUGAAGGCUGGCUUCGGAUGUGUCUAAACAAUGGUAGCAUCACGUGGCUUACCAUUCGACCUAAUGGACGUGUGUCACUAAGAACUCUUGGAGAUUCUGGAUUCAUGCCUCCAGAUAAACUAACACGUUCCUGAUUGGAAAGAGGAAUUUAGAUUGUUUUGCCUAUCUUAGACAAUGAACGGUUCUAGGUCAUUGUUUGUAUGCUGCUGUUGCUCUGUGCACCCACAUUUUUAAAAUGUUUUGCAUUUUUGUUUGUACACUGCAGUAGUGGAGGUAUGACUGCACUUUGAAGGAAAAGCAUAACUCUGUAAUGUUAUCGUUUAUUUGUAGAAAAAUGGAUUCUUCUGUUUAGAAGAGUGUCAGCCAUCGCCAGAACGUGUUUGCUCAAACCAUCCGAACAGUACCUAAUUUUACAGUGAACUGUGCACCUUCUUGGAGAAUUAAACCAUUAAAGUCCAUGAUCACAGACUUGCUGUGUUACACAUGUGGGAGACACUUUUUGAAGUUAUGACAUACCUGGAAGGUGAGCACCUGCUGCUGGUUGAUCAAAGAAAUGGCUUGGUGUCUCCCUGCAUAGAAGUGUACCCCCACCUCCAGGUUGUGAUCAUAGUUAUGGAAGCUGGAUCAGCAUACUGUAAGGAGGCACUAAAAGGUAGCACGAGAAGAAGAAUGAAUAAUGAGGGUUUAAUAGACUUGAAUAAAUAAUGGUGCCUUUUAUAAACUCAUUUGGGCCACUUAUGAUGAUGCCAUUUUGUGUCUGUUUGAACAUAAAAUAUUGUACAUAUUUUGUGUAAUGAUCAAGUAGUAAGAAGCCAGUGUUACUUUGUAAUACCAUCUCACCUAUGAUGAAUUAGACCAUGAGGUCAUAUCAUGUGAUUUGACCUUGCACAAGAGGGAGUUUGCUACAUGGUGCCACAUGCCCCAUUGUGCUGUUCUGCUCUACAGUGGCUUAUUUCUGAUAUUUUCUUGUGGAUGGAUCUAGACAUAGUGAUGUUUUCAGCAGUGUCAUUACUGUGGGUAAUGUUCUGCAGUCGUUUUGGCUCACUUUGAUUAUUUUUUUGCAGAAUUCAUUGUACUUAAGCUGUGAUUUGAGCCAGCUGUGUAUUUUAUGGUGUGACAUUACAAAUGGUGGUGGUCGUAA